ACAGAGGCCUAGUUGACGCACCUUGUUUUCUACUUGCUUGUGAGGACUGGUCCCAACAGCCGUUCAUCAUCAAACAGACUCAACGAGGAACUUAAUUGAAGUUGGAACAUUUUGAUGAAGGCCAUGAUGAAAAUGUGUACAAUUAUAACGGAGGUCUUCCUAUAAUCCCAGCGCCUCAACCAUCGUCUACAGCUCUAAUGUGCUCGAGAGCCAGAUGUCCACCUCUGACUUGUACGAAUGAGUGUAGCUCACCGACUGUUUGGUGUAGCAAGAAAGAUAGAAAGGUGUUUGUUUUAAUUCCCCUUGCGGUGUAGCAGGACGUUAUUGUUCUCGCUUAUAGAGCCAUGGGCGGCUCCUUUAAGAACCCGGCAGCAGCGUAUUGGUUACCAGGACGACAAAUAAUGACAAAACUCUACGGCUCAUCUGUUUGCAGCAGCAGUGUGGGAGACGCAGUAUCCAAACUUGCAGAAUAAUCAAAGUAUGGCGAUGCUUUCUGCAUGAGCAGAGGAACGGACUGUUGAAAGAAAAUGAGCAAAAAUUAUGAAUCAACAAAUGUGUCUGAGGUGGAGGACCACAUUUCUCUGAAGUAUGACAUCAAGAAGAGACUUGGAAAGGGGGCUUAUGGCAUUGUAUGGAAAGCAGUUGACAGACAGACAGGCGAGGUUGUAGCUGUAAAGAAGAUCUUUGACGCCUUCAGGAACAGGACAGAUGCCCAGCGGACAUUCAGGGAAAUAAUGUUCCUCCAGGAGUUUGGAGAUCAUCCCAACAUCGUCAAACUUCUAAAUGUCGUCAGAGCUCAAAAUGAUAAAGACAUUUACCUCAUCUUUGAAUACAUGGAUACCGACCUGCAUGCAGUGAUAAAGAAAGGUACUCUGCUGAAGGACAUCCACAAACGUUAUGUGAUGCACCAGCUCUUCAAAGCUAUCAAAUACCUGCAUUCAGGAAAUGUUAUCCACAGGGACCAAAAGCCAUCCAACGUGCUGCUGGACACCGACUGUGUAGUCAAGCUGUGUGAUUUCGGCUUGGCCAGAUCACUCAACCAGAUCCAAGAGGACAGUGGGAAUCCAGCACUGACGGAGUACGUGGCGACGCGGUGGUACCGAGCUCCUGAGAUCCUGCUGGGAUCCACGAGGUACACUAAAGGCGUGGACAUGUGGAGCCUUGGCUGUAUCCUGGGAGAGAUGCUGCUGGGAAAAGCCCUGUUCCCCGGGACAUCCACCAUAAACCAAAUAGAGAAGAUCAUGAGUGCCAUACCCCACCCCAGCCCAGAAGAUAUUCUCGCAAUCAAGUCUGAAUACGGAUCUUCUGUCAUUCAGAGAAUGUUACUAAAACCACAGGUGCCUUUGGAGGAUCUUCUCCAGUUGUCUGUGCCUCCUGAUGCUCUGGACCUGUUGAAAGGCUUGCUAGUUUUCAACCCAGACAAGCGGCUCACUGCUGAGCAAGCCCUCCAACACCCAUAUGUAGCCAGGUUUCAUAAUCCAGCCAGGGAGCCAGCUCUCAACUAUGAUGUAGUGCUGCCAGUGGAUGAUGAUGUACAAUUAUCUGUUGUUCAGUACCGCAACAAACUUUAUGAGAUGAUACUGGAAAGGAGAACUAAUCAGGGGGUGCUAAGGCUGAUCCACCCAAAGGAUGGAGGCUGUGUCAGUAGCAUUGAGAAGCCCCAUGUGAAGGACAAAGUAGAGAAGGACCCGGUGGCAGUGAAUGGGUGUGGUGACCGCGGAGGGAAAACGCAACAUGAAAAGACUAAAGAGACAAACGACAUUCCUUCCCAUACAGGCGUCACCAAACCUGGGCCUGUGAACGUGUCAACCCCACCUGCUGUGGAGAAGACGAGUCCAUUAUCUAGUCCUGGCUUGGGAAAACUCACAUAUAACCCCAUCACACAUGCCCCAAAUGGUUUUGUUCGGAGUCCAGCUGGUCCUCCUAAUUACUACCCCUCCACUGCAGCCAACAGGAAACUAGUGGGACAGACCUGUAAUGGAGGUGCAACAACAUCACCAACAGAGGGCACCAACACUGACGCAACCAUGGACCAGAUUCUCCGGCGAGGUCGCUCAGCCCCUGUGACCCACAACCGCUCCUUCUCCUUGACCCUUAACCAAACCCAGAACAACCCGUUGGUUCGCCAAGAUGAGCCAUCCCUGUCCUCUGGGCUAUAUGUCACAUCUGCACGCUUGAACCAGCGCUCCACCUCUCAGGUUCGUGAGGCUCUGCCACCGACACGGUUCAGCAAGAAAGUAUUUCAGAGUAACUGUAAUGUGGCUGCUGCAGGCGACCCUCGAGCCAAACUGGGCAGCUAUUCCCAGGCCUAUGGUACCAUCAACAAGACUGAAUUGGACAAUCUGCUUCGAAGCCGUCCUUACAACCAGUAACUGCUGUCAUGUCACGUGUUUCAACACUCAAGAUUUGCACAAGUAUGUUAGGCACAAGGAAAACUGAAAGACAACUUGAAGAAAAAAAAAAAACCUGAAGACUCUUACACCUCUUGUAUACUAUGUAAAUUGUAUCCACAGAGACAUGUCUAUCGCUGUCUGAGUCUGUAAAAAUUCCACUGACUUUAUAUUGCAUUUAUCGAAUUGUACCAGCAAUUCAUGAACAUAUGUAUAUACUAUAUGUUGCUUCAAAAAGUUUUAAUUCAACAAGGCUGGAUUACCAACCAGGUAAACCCCAGAACUUCAGGGGCCCUGAAGGCCCAUUUUAGGUGUCAGUAGGUUUGUGGUCAUUUACAAAUUUCUUUGGGAACAUUCACCUUUUUAGUACAUUAUCAUCGGAAAUGUUGACUUGGCUACCGGUCUAUCCAUAGAGAGAGAUUCACAUGCUAAAUAUUCCUAAAUACAUUUGUGUUCUAAGUAAGUAUCACAAACAGUAAGCCCCUGCUGAUAAUUGCCCACAAAUACUUUUUGCCCCGGGGCACACUACAUGGUCAAACCAGCCAUGAUUUUUCAUGUUGAUCUAUGUAGCUAAUGACCUAUUGGCUUAAUGGUUUAUGUACAUUAAACCAGUUGGUUUCAGAUAAUAUGCAAUAUAUAAUAUGCAAAUAGUUUAAACAAGGAAUUGUUUACAAUUGUGUACAGAAAGAAAACGAUUAGUGUUUCUUGAUUCUAGUUUAUAAUGUUGGAUGUUGACAUGGAUGACUGUGACAACAGGCCACCAUAAGGUUUAAUAAUAAACCGAGGUGGAAAUACUCA